AUGAGGCUUUUUCUCAUCCGACAUGCAGAAACAGUGCAUAAUGUAGCCCAGGCAUGGGCGGGCACCACCGACUCAGCGCUCACAAACCAUGGCACACUACAGAUAGAACAUCUUGCAAAGCAUUUCGCCUCAAAAUCAAUCCAUUUUGAUCAAAUCUUUGCAUCGGACUUGAGUCGAGCCCGUCUCACAGCCACAGGCAUCUGUCUUCAGCAACCGCAUCAAGAUAAACCCAUGACACCCAUAUUAACCGCGGAUUUGCGAGAAAGAGACUUCGGCUCAUUAGAAGGGAUCCGUCUCAAGCCAGCUUCAAAACUCGAUCCUGGAAGUGGACGCUCUCAGAAUGCCCAAUCUGAUGACUCGCCACAUAUAGAGAGCGAGACAAUGAUCUCAGUGAAACAACGAGCAACAUCGUUUUUGAAUGAACACUUGUUACCAUUAUUAUUCGACCAUUCCGCGACCGAAGCAAACGUCGCCAUCGUCUCCCAUGGAAUUUUCCUACACGUUCUGUGGAAUCGACUUGUCGAACUCUUCGACCCCAUGGAUAUCUCUCUGGCGACAGGUGAUCUAUCCCGAGACCAUGGCCCGGCAGCUCUUCUCUCGCCAAGCUGGUCCAAUACAGGAUUCAUGACAUUAUUGAUCCAGCCUCGUCCGGCCUUCCAAGAGCACAAUACUUCCUGCUCCAGGCAAGAUGCCCUCUUGAAUGGAUGGACGAUGGAAAUCAUCGCUGUUAAUAGUAAAGAGCAUCUCACGGGUCUUCAUCGGACCCGCGGAGGAAUUGGCAGUGCUAUACAUGAUCUCCGCCAGAAGAGAAUCGAUCAGUUUUUUAAGCGAUAA